UACGCAAGCGCUUUCCAAGAUUUUUAACGAGUUGAGACCAGCCAUUGAAGUCUACCUGGGAUUGCUGCUGUUUGCUGAUCAAUUUUGACGUUUUAUCAUUUAUUUUCGUGUGAUAAUUACCAGAAAGAUCAACCAAAAAUGGGUAACGAGAGCUCUCUGCCCAUGGAACUCUGUUCAAACUUUGAUGCUGAUGAAAUCAGGAGAUUGGGAAAGAGAUUUAGAAAAUUAGAUCUCGAUAACAGUGGUGCUCUCAGUAUCGAUGAGUUUAUGUCAUUACCAGAGUUACAACAAAAUCCACUUGUACAACGUGUCAUUGAUAUAUUCGAUGCCGAUGGCAAUGGGGAAGUCGAUUUCAAGGAGUUCAUUCAGGGGGUUUCGCAAUUCAGUGUCAAGGGCGAUAAAGAAAGUAAAUUACGGUUUGCAUUCAGAAUUUACGAUAUGGACAAUGAUGGAUUUAUUAGUAAUGGGGAAUUGUUUCAAGUACUGAAGAUGAUGGUAGGAAAUAAUCUUAAAGAUACUCAAUUACAACAAAUUGUCGACAAGACAAUACUUUUCGCGGAUAAGGACGAGGAUGGAAAAAUUAGCUUCGAAGAGUUUUGUUCUGUGGUCGGUAAUACUGAUAUUCAUAAGAAGAUGGUGGUUGAUGUAUAAUCAAUCAAAUUAUCCUAGAUAAAAAAGAAAUGAAAAGAAAGGAAUGUUGAAGAAAUGCUGAGCGUUGACAAAACUUCGACUUCAUUACUGCAUUAAAUAGUUUCUAAGGACCCAAAAAAAAUAAACUAAAAAUCUAUAGAUUCACUCGAUAAUUAUAGAAGCAGAGAUCUGUUUAGAUAAACGAAAAGAAAAAUUGUAAAACUAAAUCUAGAAAAAUUCUCGAUACAUUUUUAUCGUACAUUAUUUCUCACCGAACUCAAAAUAUAAUCCACACGGGGAUUACUCUUUUUUCCAUUUCUCCAGAGCACAAAGAAAUAUUUCUAAUUAAAAUAAUCCUAAAAAUACUUAUCGUAAUAUUGUGCAAUUGCUAGGAAAAACAAAUGUUCUAAGAUCUUUACUCCCGUAUUUUUCUUUUCUGUUAUUUAUUGUAUAAUUUAUUCCUACAAUUUUUUUUCUUUUGAAAAUUGUUUACAUACUUAUUACCUUUAUUUUAGGAAUAAUUUACAGUGCAAAUGUUUUCCGAACAGUCAAAGAUAAAUAACCAAAUGGGUGACAAGGGAGAAAAAUGCUCCAGAUGUUCAUUAUCAUUGUUUAAUCUUAAUUAGUAACGGUAAGCCACUGAAGGCCUUGGUACUUUCCUUAAUUUUCUCCAUUUUUUCAAUAAUAUUAUUACUUUUCUUCAUUCAGUGGUGAGAAAAAAACGAAAAUGAAGAAAAAAAAAUAAUAAAACUACCGAGACGUUUGAAAUGUUCUGACCAACUGUUUAUUGAUCACACGAAAUGGUAGAGAAAGGGGCAAAACCGAUACUAUUGUGUGAAAAUUUUGAAAAACAUAAAAUAUAUAUUAAAAGAAUGCGAAGAAUGAAAUUGAAUAUAAUAAAUUCUACAGUGUGUAAUUGUGUUUCAACGACUAAUUUUAUUUGUCGUGUGUUAUUUAUGUCUUUUUCGUCUAAUCAAAGUUAAUACAAAAAAAAUUAUGAGAAAAGGCUAUUUCAAUUUUAAAUAUACGAAUCUUUAUCCUGUA